AUGAUAAAAUAAAAUUAAUUAUUAUUACAAGAGAAAAUAAUUUUGUAUCAUUUAUUUAGUUUAAACCAAAUAAGGCUAGUAAUUCAAAUUAGGAAAGGAAGUGAUGUAUUAAUAUUGAAAUUAUUGUUCAACGGAGAAAUCGGAAGAGGAAAAACAAAAAGAGAAGAACGAAUAAUAGGAUAAAAAAGAUAGUGAGGAAUUAGAGAAAAAGGAAGAUCCUGUCAAAUAAGAUAUUAAGAUUGAAAACUUCUCUGUUCUCUUUACUUUGUUUAGUGGAUACUCAUUAAAAAAAGAGAAAGAAUUAGCUAUGAGUUACUUUGGCUAUUAAACAGGAAGAAAAUUAACAGCUGAGGAAUAUAAUCAAUAUUUAUAGGAGAAAUAAAAGCCAUUAGAGUAGAAAGGAAAAAAAAUUAGCUCAAGAAAUUGGAGGAUGUUGUGGCUAGUGAAUUGA